GCCCUCCAUUACCAGAGUGGCAAGCGAUGGCGGAGAUUGCAGUAGUGGAUGAGCCUGGAGGGCAAAGCCUGGGCUGCUUGGGGAAAGGAGCGACCUUCCAAGAAGUGGACAGAAAUUGCUACCACGUGAAGUUCACCAAAACGAAUGGUGAAGGUCCCGCUGAGGGCUGGGUGCCAUACUACGUGAAGGGGCAGCGUGUGGCCAAAAGGAUCACCGAGAUCCUUUGGCAUGUGAACCCGUGGGGGCGUGAAGAAGAGAAGGAGUCCAAUGUGACAGAUGACACGAUGUGGCAGAAGAUUCUACAGCUGGAUGUGGGCAAUUUCCCGCUCUGCACCGCCACCGGUUUCUCGAACCGCUCCAAAGAGCAAGCUUUGCGGGAUGGGCUGACGGAAAGCCACGCAUACUCGGUCCUGCAUGCAAAGGAAGCUUGUGGUCAUCGUUUGAUUUGCCUCCGAAAUCCAUGGGGCCACUGGGAAUGGAAAGGUCCCUGGAAUGACAAAGGAGAGGAAUGGCGACAGAACCCUGGCGUGGCGAAAGCAUUGCAGGUGGAUAUGAAAGAGGAUGGUGUAUUCUGGACAGACUAUGAAGACUUCAAGUGGAACUUCUCUAUCAUCUUUCAGACGAAAAUCGCCAUGCCGACCAAGCGCCGGGGACAGGAUGAGCUGGUCGAAGACGAUGUGGCUGCGUGAUGCGCCGGCCUCGUCGGGGUUGCAGAAGCGAAGCUGAGAAUUGAUGCGGUGGUCACGGGUACGUAAAGCGGAAGGUUGGCAGUGCUGGUUUGGCCGCUUUCUUUGGUUGCUUCCGCAAUUCCGGGAGAAAACUCAAAUACAUCUCCAACGCAAGCCAAGUUCCUUCUACCUGAAGCUGCAAAGCAGCUUGACACUCAGACAGGGUGCAGGCGACAAUGAAAGAGUUCUGUCGAAACG